AUGUAUAUUCCGGCGGUUCACUCGGAGGAGGACACGAAGGUGUUACAGCAGUUCAUCAAGGAGACAACUUUGGGGCUUCUUACAACCGCCAUCCCAUCCGAAACUUUUUCUCUUAUACAAUCGAGUCACAUUCCCUUUAUUUUGGACGUGCCAGAAAAUGCCGGUUCUACUGAAUUGGGCACUCUCAGGGGCCAUAUUGCUCGCCAGAACCCCCAGGCCAAGGCGAUGAUCACUUCUGUAUCCCCCGGAUCAAGCAAGGGGCCUGCCUUGAGCUUAGAGGAAGAGGUCUUGGUGGUAUUCACUUCUCCUGUCAACCACUAUGUGACGCCGAAAUACUAUGUGGAGACGAAACCCACGACGGCCAAAGUUGUGCCAACCUGGAACUACUCAGCAGUUCAGGUGUAUGGCAAAGCUAAGAUAUACCUUGACACUACCUCAGAAGAGACAUCAAGCUUUCUGCAGCAGCAAAUCAGUGACCUGUCUGAGCAUACAGAGACAUCCAUCAUGGGUUACGGCUCCCCCGAUAAGCCAGGCCCUUGGAAGGUCACUGAUGCACCAGAGCGUUACAUUGAUGUGAUGAAGAAAGCUAUCAUGGGAAUUGAAAUUACCAUUGAGCGUUUGGAGGGCAAGAACAAGAUGAGCCAGGAGAUGAAGAAGGGCGAUCGGGAUGGGGUUGUGCGUGGAUUUGCGAACAUGGGUACAGAACUGGGACGAGAAAUUUCCACUCUUGUGAAAGUCAAGAGUGACUUGAAGGAAAAUUCAAGUUCAUAA